AUGAGGGAAGUCAAUUUCAGCAUCCCCAAUGUCAACAAGGCCUCGGUCGGCAUCACCACGGCCCUCUACGACAGACGAGCUCUCGACUGCACUUCGACACUGCCGCUCAUCAACUCGCUGAACCACCUGGCCUAUCUUACGACCUCAUCCGCUCGCAUUCGAGACAUCCUCACAGUCGACGGCGGAAUCGAGCGGCUAGUAUGCAUCCUGAAGCAGGGAAGAAGCAAAGACAUGAUGGACAUGUGGAAGUGGAACCUCGCUUUCCAGUGUGUGGUCAACAUAGGAGUUCGCGGCACCGAGGGCGUGCGUACCCGAGUCGUCGAGGCUGACAUGGUUCCUGUCAUCGCAACCAUUCUUGACAACUACAUCAAGGUCGUCGAGAAGUGCCGCGAAAAGGCCGAGGAGGCCAAGCAGAAGCACAUCGGCGACCAUCACCACCGUCACCGCAGCCACUCGCACAGAGAUGGCUCUUCGAAAUCCUCUUCCUUCACCAAUCGCUCUGGUCGUGCCGAGUCCUUCCGUCGUCAGGCUCCUCCGCCCUCCAUCGAUGUCUCGGCUGCCAGCUUUGCCGGUCCUUCGACAUCAGCUACCGCGGAAAACGGUGUCUUCGAGGCCACUCCAACCGUGCCUUCGUUCCCCGUUACCUCCCCUGCCGAGCAGAGGGCUGCGACCGCCUUCCCCAGCCAGCGACAACAACACCACCACCACCAUCACCAUCACCACCACACCCACCGCCACGAGUCCCGUCAGAACAUCGCAUCUCCCGCAGGGCCAUCCAUUCAACCCCUGGCCAGUGCCGCAGAUAGCUUUAUCCGUCCCGUACGGGAUGCUGACCGACUUCCUUCGAUGAUGCCUGUCUUUCCUCAUCCCAAUCUCAACGUAUCGCAGCCUGCGUCCCCCACAACACCGCUGCCGCCGCCCCAGGUCCGAUCUCCUACUGUGCGGCCCGCCUCCGUGCUCGGUCCUACAGCUCGCACUCGGAGACGUCCUUCAAUCAGACAUCAGAACUCGACGGCCGAUCCCGCAAUCGACGCCGACGACCUGAACACCGACAGUGUUCAGUCGGACGAGUCGGGCGAUGCGGAGAUGUCGGGGACUGAUGGGAUCCAGCCUGCCGUAGGCUUCCAGGACAUUGCUAUGGAAGAGGGUGACAGUACGCUCGCAGGCACCGCGCUCGAGUUGACCACACCCACUGUCUCGGAGGUCCCCGAGGCUGGCACCUUCAACAUCACCCACCGGGCGCCUGUUGAUGGCAGCAUCCAGACCACCACAGCUACACCCGUACCCACUAUUGGUCUAUCACCCAACCGGCCUGUCAUCGCAACGCCGCAGCCGCCUCUGCCGAAUCAGCCGGCCAUGCCGCGUUAUCUUCUCGACAGGCCUCUCCCUUCCAACUCCAACCCGCAGAUGCUCGCGGCAAUGCCCAGAGAGGAGGACGUUCUCAUGUCCCUGCAGCUCUUGGCAUAUGUCUCAAAGUACUGCAACCUCCGCUCCUACUUCCAGCACAGUCACCUUGUUCCCAAGCUCAAGAUCGGAAAGGAGCUGCAGCUGCUCGAUGGUGACGACGAAACGCCGGAGCCCGUCAAGGAGGAGGUGGAGGAGGAGGACUACGAAGAGGAGUACCUACUGCCAAACGAUUUCAACAUUUUCCCUCUGGUGGAAAAGUUCACUGUCCGAUAUCACAGCACAGAUAUGCAAUACUGGGCUGGCGUCGUUAUGCGUAACCUGUGCCGCAAGGACGACACCCGAGGCGGUAUCCGACAGUGUGCCUACUACCAGUGUGGGAAGUGGGAGGAGUUCACACGGCAAUUUGCUAAGUGCCGUCGGUGCCGCCGAACCAAGUACUGCAGCAAGGAGUGUCAGAAGAGCGCCUGGGCUUUCCACCGCCACUGGUGCGUUCAGGCCUCCCAAUGA